CUGUUGUGCGACAAGUUAAUCCCUCAAAACACGCCCAUACGCAAAAAAAGAAAAAUGUGUGGAUCACUAUCUUUUAAAGGAAGGUGAUUUUAGGUUACGUCUGUGCGUAAAGCGAGCGUCUGCGUGGCUGCUGCCUCGUUGCAGACCACUUCGAAUGCAGAGCGCGUGUGCGACAGCCUCUGUGCGUCCUUCAUUGGCUCGACAUGAUCGCGGACCCCAUGCGCACGCACACGCACCUUUUUAUGAUUAUUAUUAUUAUCCGGUAAACCGUGCGGCGGAGAAAUCAUUGACAGCAUAUCGGGCGCCGCCGCUGUCUCUUGGUUCCUGCUGCUGCUACCGGUGACACCGUGGACGUGGGGGAGAGGAGGGGAGACAACCAACGUGGUGUGCAUGCAGAGGAGGACGCGCAGUCCUUUGGACAAAGCUGAAGAGAAACGCUGCAGAAGAGAAGAGUAAUCACGCGCUUAAUACAGCACAAUCGAGAAGCGUCCGCAUGCAGAGAAGCAUGGCUUCCUUAUACCAGAGAUUCACCGGCAAGAUCAACACUGCCAAUUCGUUCCCGCUACCACCCGAGGCCAGUCGCCUGCUCGGAGCUCAGGUGACGGACGACGAGAGCAAGAGCCGCCGGCAGCCGCUGGAGGCGAGGCUGCACGUCCAAUGCCGCAGGAAGUGCACGCGAGAAGAUGAAGAUGACCUGGUGGGCAGUGCGCCGCCACAGAGGAACUGGAAAGGAAUCGCCAUUGCCCUGCUGGUUAUCCUCAUCAUCUGCUCCCUGAUUGUCACCUCCGUCAUCCUGCUGACCCCUCGUGAAGAUGACAGCCUGGCCCUCAAGAAGAAGGUCACCCUGGAUGACAUCUUUGGUCCGGACCUACGCGUUCAUGACCCCGACGCUGUGUGGCUCAGUGGUAAUGAGCUGUUGUAUCGCACGAGGGAAGGUGAUGUCGUUAAGCUCAAUGUGGACACAGAGGAGAAACGCGUCGUCGUGCCAAACCAGAUGUUUGAAAGAUCUAAGGCCGCGAGGUACCAAGUGUCGCCUGACCUGCAGCAAGUGCUCUUUGCCUUCGACUUGAAACUGAUCUACCAGCACUCCUAUGUGGCCAAGUACAUUAUUUACAGCCUUGUAACACAGGAAACUUGGCCUUUGAAUCCUCCUGAAGUGCAUGAAGCAGUGCUGCAGUUUGCUGGAUGGGGGCCUAAAGGCCAGCAACUGAUCUUCAUAUUUGAAAACAACAUAUACUACAGAGCAACAGUAGAGAGUCGCACCAUCCGCCUGGUUUCCACCGGAAAGGAAGGCGUGGUCUUUAAUGGCCUGGCUGAUUGGCUCUACGAAGAGGAGAUCCUUCAGGGUUACAAAGCCCACUGGUGGUCUCCUGAUGGCAUGCGUCUAGCCUACAUGACAAUCAAUGACACGCUGGUGCCAAAAAUGGAAGUCCCCUUCUUUACAGGAACGCCAUAUCCCAACACUUUGGAAUACCACUACCCAAAGGCAGGGGAAGAAAACCCUGUGGUGCACCUUUCAGUAGUGAGCCUCAACGGCCCUUUGCACACUCUGGUCAUGAAGAAACCCGAUGACCCCCGAAUUGGGAGAGAAUUUUAUAUCACAAUGGUGAAAUGGGCCACCAGCACCAAACUGGCUGUCAACUGGCUGAACAGAGCCCAGAACAACUCUAUACUGACACUGUGUGAGGCUACCACAGGCGUCUGUAUCAAGAAACAUGAAGAUGAGAGCACAAGCUGGUUGCACAGACAAAAUGAAGCACCACUUUUUUCCCACGAUGGACACAAGUUCUUCUUCACACGAGCAAUUCCUCAAGGUGGGAGGGGGAAGUUCUUCCACAUUUCUAUGUCCACAUCUCUGCCAAACACAAGCACAGACAUACUUCAAUCCCUGACCUCAGGAGACUGGGAUGUCACCAACAUACUGGCCUACAAUCACCAGAGAAACCUCAUAUACUUCCUGAGCACAGAGGAUGACCCCAAGCGGAGACACUUGUACAGCACAGAUACGAUUCCGCCGUUCAAUCGCUGCUGCCUAUCCUGCCAGUUUAACUGUGGCUAUGUGGAUGUGUCAUUCAGUCACAACAUGCGCUACUUCCUUCUCAGCUGUAGAGGUCCUGACAUUCCUAAUGUGGCCAUCUACAGAACAGAGGACAAACAGAAAUUGCUAGACGUGGAGACAAACGAGCGAGUCAACACAACAUACAACAACAUGCAGAUGCCCAGAGUGGAGUACGAGACCAUCACCAUAGAUGACUACACCCUCACCAUGCAGAUUCUGAAGCCAGCUGGAUUUGUAGACACAUCCCAUUACCCUUUACUGCUGCUGGUUGAUGGGACGCCCGGCGGCCAGAUGGUCACCGAGCAGUUCCAAGUGGACUGGGCCACCAUUCUGGUGAGCAGCUUCAGCACCGUGGUGAUCCGCUUCGAUGGUCACGGCAGCGGCUUCCAGGGCACGAACCUCCUCCACAAAGUGCACAGGAGGUUGGGGAAGCUGGAGGAGCGGGACCAGCUGGAAGCACUCAGGUUCAUAUCCAAAGAGCCUUACAUUGACAAGAAUCGCAUGGGCGUGUACGGAAAGGCUUACGGAGGUUAUUUAGCCACGCUGCUGCUGAGCUCAGAUGAGUUCACGCAUCUUAAAUGUGGAACUGCAGUCUCGCCCAUCACAGAUUUUGAACUUUACGUGUCAGCAUUUUCUGAACGGUACCUGGGCUCAAAGACUGACUCCAGAGUGUACACGAUGUCAAAUUUAGCUCACAGAGCAGGUCAGCUGGUGCAGAAGCAGUACUUGAUUAUCCAUCCCACUGCAGACGAAAAAGUUCACUUUCAGCACACGGCCAAGUUUAUCAACCACUUAAUCAGCAAGAAGGCCAAUUACACUCUUCAGAUCUACCCAGAUGAGGGCCACUUCCUCCACAGCGAUGACACCCAGAAGCACCUUGGCCGCUCGUUGGUCAACUUCUUCGGGGAGUGCUUCCGGCUCCCCGAGGCACCCAACGACGAGCAGCAGGAAGUGGACGAGGACGAUAGCUAGACCCGCCCCUCCUCCCAGCGGAUUAAUCCACACUCCCCACCCCUUGGCCAGUUAACGCAGCACAAUAUGCAACACGUGACAAAACAAAGUGACCCGACUUACGUGAGGAACCCGCAAGUUGUGACGGGCCUCGAGUUCUGCCUUCACCUUUGUGCUGGCUGCUGCUCUGCAGAGGAAACUUCAACAGAUUGAACUGCACCUUUAAAACAAUUGGACAUGUUGUUCACAGAAACAAUAGACAACAGUGUGGUAUAUUUACAACCUAUAGGCCAGGUAAUACGCUCACUGGAAAAUGUAUUGGCUAAUAUCCUCAACGUGCCACAACAAAACAAAAGAUGUAAUAUUUUUUCUUACAUCGAUUCUAAUGCUCCAUUUUGAUACUGUAGCCUGGACAGUGUGUUUAUUUAUUGUGCUUGCAUCUCACUGAGAGGCUUUAGAGAUGAUUAUAACAUUUUGCUCAGGGUGUUAAACUUCUAUGGUAGUUAUGGUUCUCCUUAGAGUUUGGUUUUAAAUCCAGACCAACUAAAUGGUUUCAUUCACAUUGGGUAGAGCAAGGAAAAAAAAGGCAGAUUGCAGCCAGGUCAUACGUUUUUCCCUUUAUCUGAAUCAAGCGAAAUUCUGUAAUGAUGGCCUGAAUGGGCCAAGUUGCUUGAAAAAGGUUAUUUUCAAAUGCAAUCUAGGUCACUUUCAUAUGUGGUUUUAAAUCUUGACAUGAGUUUGAUUUUUUGGAAUGUGACUGCGGUCUGAAUAGUCCAGCGACAGCGACAUAAAAUUGUAUUGCUCAGAAACAGUGUGAAAUGACAUACCGUAGAUUAUGAAGUGGUAAGGGAAAGAGAACAUGUCCGUUUUACAAUAAGAUGGAUAAUGUCUUGCAGGAUAAACCCAGCAUGUUCAUCUGAUCAUGACAACUUUUGUUAUUAUGAUUCUGCACACAAGCAUCAAAUUGUCUCAGUGCAUAGUGGACUGCGAGCUUCUAUGAAUAGUACACGCAACACUUUUAUAGCAACUAUGGGAAAUGGCAGUCUGAACAGCUACACAAAAAUAUCAGAUAUGAGAAAAUGAAAAAAUUCUGAUUUGUGCAUUCUGAUUUGCGGUCUGAGCAUAGCCAAAAUGCAAAAGAGUCGGUAACAUUUACAAUUAUACAACGACAGUUGCAAUCUUUACAGCUGUACUUUUGACUAUUCAAUUUAUAAAUUGUCUGUUUUAUUAGUUUUUCAGUAAAUUUAACUCACUGGCAGUUAAUGAUCACUCCCCGCCUUUCCAAGUUUAAAAGGAUUUGAGGUCUAUCGCCAUCAGUGGCAGAUACUGAUUUCAGCAUUGCCAAGUUGCAGCUUGUUCACAGCACCCUUAAAAUAUUUGCUCACAAGUCAAAGAGAAACAAAACAUUUUGGCUCAAGAAGUGCUUGUAUCUCGAAAUUAAUGUAGGCAACUAGGCAUGUGCCAGUAUGAUAUUCUGAUGGUAUGAUAAUCUUAAAACAAAAUAUCACGGUUUCACGGGAUUACAAUUACAGCUCUAAAAUGUGUUACUCUGAGAUAUCUGGGUUUGAAAAAAAAAACGUUUUUUCCAUUGAACAGGAUUUUUAUUUUUCAAAACAUUUUAGCAAAUUGGAACAUACAUUUAAUGUUAAGUUACAAUACAUUUUUAAAAUAACAACAAAAAAAAAACGGAAUUGUUCUAAAUAAAAUUAAUAUAAAUACAGUCCUUUAGGUGAUCUUAAAACCAGCAGCCACAGCUCAACAUUAUUACCAUCAGAACAAAAAUAAUUGAAUUAUUUCCCAUGAAAAGCACAUGUGUAUGACUCGUAUCAUGUAUACAUUAUACACACACAUUCUUUUUCUCAACACAGACAGUUGCCAGAGAGAAAAAUGCACGUUUUAACACGCUGGAGUUAACUCUCUUAGCUGGUGGGAUGACAGUGUUUACUAACCAUUAAUUUUGUAUAAACACGAAAUCAUAUUGGAGGUAUUGCCUCCUUGGAAGCCACCCUCCGCAAACAUGUAUUACAUGUUGGUUGGCCCUCCUCUUCGAAGCCGCGGCCGUCUGUAACUUUUCUGUAGACGAAGUUUUCCCGUACCAGCGAUUUCAUUUUCUUGGUUGGGGGAAAUAGUUCAGGAGUUUCACCUCCUACAGCCAUCUUUCAGCACAGCUGACUCAAUGACACUGAGCAACAACCGGUGGGGGAGGGUUGAGCCUUACAGCUACAAGCGAGGGAUUUCUCCAUGCACUUUUGGAACAUUAAAAAAACUAAUAAUUUAGGGACAGUAAGAUGUAAAAUUUUUGCGGUUUUGAUACCUUGACGUUUUCAUACCACGGUUUACCUUGAAACCGGUAAUCGACACAUGUCUAGUAUCAAUGUAUUAAUUUUUAAAAUCAACUACCUGUAUCUUUUAAUAAUGUUAUCAAAACUGAGCAUUAGUAUCUUUGUAGAGGCACAACUUUGGAUCAGGCUAUUGUUUUGUAUCCAAGAGGCAGGCACGCAUGUACUUCAUUUUUGGGUGGGUGAAUGAAGUAUGAAAAUAUACACUGAAAAUAAAAGCAGACUUAUGAAUUCAAAAAGCUUGAAGCAAAUCCACAGUUUUGCAUAUGAUGGCACAGUAGAAGAGGACUGUCUUGGAUGACCUCCAGGAAACCAGCACUUUUCAGCACAAUAUAUCGCCCCUUAUCGACAUUGAGACUGAACAGCAAGUCGUGGUGACCUUGCCAAUGAAUUAACUGGUAUUGUUAUGUUCACAAGUAUGUUCAGUUGUACUCUUAGUUUUGUGUUACUCCUAUUUGUACUGUAUUUUGUACAAAGGAGUAUGAGGGUGACAAUAACAAGUUAAAACAUAAUUACACUCUGAGAUUCAAGCUGGAAUCCGAUAUGUAUUUGAACAAAAAGAAACAACAAAAAAGUUUUAUUUUUAGGAAAAUAAAUAUUUUUGAGAAAUAUCAAGCAUGAUACUUCUCCGAAUUAAAUUUCAUCCCACAAAUAUACUUUUUCCCACUUAACUACAAUUUUAAGAUAUAUUUUUCCCCGCAAAAAAUAACUUUUUUUUUUUUUUUUUUUUGAUUUUAUACUUGGCCCUAAUACUCCUUCGUACUUUUGCUUGGCUGCGUCCUUUUGACAAAUCAAAGGCACAAUGUUGGAAGCCCCAAAAAUAUGUAUAUUCAAAAAUAUCGCUUUUACUAUUUUAUUUUAGUCACCGUGCCUUAAAAAUGGGGAGACGUCAAUGUUAGAAGCCCACCUGUAGAAGAGAGGAAAUGUUUUUUCCCUCCCGUCUGCGAGCAGUAAAACUUCUUUUUAAAGAUAUCCGAGCUUCUCAACGUGAGAAAAAUAUUACUACUGGUUGAUGAAUGUCUAUUCACAAUUAGCAUUUUAUCCGGGAAGUCCUCCAUGUUGAAGUCUCAUGUUGUGAAUUAUUCUUUUGUGUGCUAAAUGGCUAAAACUCUCACAACCAGUUAAAUUAGUUAGCGUCAGUGGUUUGUAGUCAGCUGGUGUACAAAUUGUAUAAAAUACAUUGUUUGAGUCCUUAUGUUGUGUGCAACUUGUACAUAAAGCAUUUUGAACCAUACCUUUUUGGCUGCUUGUUUAGCGUCCUGGAUAAUUGUUAUGCUCAAGGCGUGCAUUCUAAUUUUGUCACGGAAAGCCAGCGCGCUCUAGCGGACGGCAACAGUAUUUCAGGCAAAAUACCAAACAAAACAAUGCCAAAAUAGUGAUGUGCAGAAAAAGAUGUUGCCAUUUUCAAAAAGGGUAUCGCAUGUAUUUCAAUGUUUUCGCCCUAAACGGCCUCUCAUAGUAGCAAAUGAACAACCACACUCACGUUAGUACUAGCACUUAGUCAUUUUUAAUCAUUGUUGUUUUUUUAUAUGCCAAUAGUGUUAAUAAAAGCUAUAUUUACGAAACCAAUAUAAAAACAAAGAUUACGCCGCUCUGUAACUCAAGAGCAGAUUUUUCUUCUUCUUCUCCAUAGCAUAUAACUCAUUGCAUGCCAGUGACGGCACUAAACGUCCAGUUCAUUUAAACUGGGAGGACUGCCCGUAAAUGGUCUUCUGUCAGUGGUAUUGACGGCGCUAGUCGUCCUAUAAAGUUUGACUAGGAGGAACGAAUGAACAAACCUUCCGGUCCAAAUUAAUUGGACGUCUAUCCCUGUCAAUGAAUGCCUUAAAAAAAUAAAAGUCAAUUUAUCGAUGAAAUGAUUAAAUCUCGAAUUAUAACGUUUAUCAAAUUUUAUUUUAUGCACUAGUAAAUGUAAAAUGUACAUUAA